CUCAUCCACUGCGUCAUCGUGUAGAUGGAGCUGGAAUGCUUCCAUCGACUUUCCCAGUCACUCCAUGCGAAACUUCCUCAAACCUUGCACCAGUUUCCUCCUGUCAUCUUCUACAGCAUUUUAAGGACCUCGAUCCAUGAACGUAAAUCGCAAGAAGCUCGCACUGCUUCCUUCCUUUCAGCCUCUUCACUGAUGCAGAAGAACAGCACUACUAAUAAUUUGGAGGAGCCUGCAGUUGGCUUAACAAGAUCCAUGCAGAAGUACGUGAGCUCUGCGCUGGAGCCAAUGCUUCGCCGAGUGGUGCGUGAAGAGGUUGAACGCCGACUCAUCGACUCGAUGAAGAAGGAACUACACAGGUCUCCGCGGAUGGAGCCAUCACCAAUCAUAGCAUUGAUGCAGCUCUCCUUCACGAAGCCACUCUCCCUCUCCAUCUACACCAAAGCCAGCAUCAAAGACAGGGACAACAACACCCUACAAAUCCAACUCGUCCCACGCGAAUCGUCGGGGCCGAUAAACAUCAUGCCUCAUCUCGAGGUAGAGAUCGUCGUCCUCGACGGUGACUUCCCCGGCGGUGUCGACGCCGAUUGGACCUCUGAAGAUUUUGAAAGUCACAUUGUGAAAGAGCGCAAGGGGAAGAGACCACUACUCGUAGGGGACUGCAAGGUCACAGUUCUGCAAGGCUCGCCGGCCUCGGUCCACAAGCUCGAGUUCACCGACAAUUCGAGCUGGGUUCGGUCUCGACACUUUAGGCUCGGAGCGAGAGUGAUCAGUCCUGAGAGCUACCGAGGGCCAAUUAGGAUCAAAGAAGCAAUCACCGACCGGUUCACGGUGUUAGAUCACAGAGGAGAAUUGAACAAGAAGCACCAUCCUCCGAGUUUGGAUGACAGAGUGUGGAGAUUAAAGAACAUCGGGAAGAAUGGAAUAUUCGACAAAAGGCUUGCCGAUGCAGGAAUCAGAACAGUGCAAGACUUGUUGAAGCUAUCCAUGCUCGAUAUGCAACGACUUCGACAGAUUAUGGGAGGUGGGCAUGGGAUGUCGGACAGUACGUGGGAAGCAACGAUAAGCCAUGCAAGGUGCUGCGAAAUGGGGAAGGAGGUGUAUUUGUACCACGGUCAACUUCUCACGUUAGUUUUGAGCCCAAUUGGGGAAGUCAAAGGAGCCGUAGUCAACGGAUGGGUUUACCCUCUACAACAACUCCCUCAUCAGUAUAUGUUAAUUGUGGAAAGGCUGGUCCAAGAGGCGUACAGUAAUUGGGACAAGCUGGAGAAAGUGGAUGAGACAUCACUCGCUAACGCCGUUACACUCUAGAUUUAUCAACUAAUCCAUAAAUUAUAUACAUAUAUAUUGUGUGAACAUAUGUUGGAUAGUAAAAUGGUUUAUUGACGAUCAUUAUGAUUAAUUAAUAUAAUCCCCCUGGGUUUAAUACGCACAGCACAGGACUUAAUAUGCACGCGUCAUCAUUGCUCCUUC